AUGGCUCAACACUUCAAAGGAUGCGUUGUCGCAAAUCAACAAAAGCUAGGAAGCUUCUGGAAAAGGAUUAGCCGGUACUAUGCUGACUCUCCUCAUGCAAGGAAUGGUGGUGAACAGAUGCUGAUGACACAUUGCAAGCAGCGGUGGCAUAAGAUAAAUGACCAAGUGAACAAGUUCUGUGCGGCAUUCGCAGCAGCGGAGAGACUGAACAGCUCUGGUCAUUCUCAAUCUGAUAUCUUAAAGAAUGCACAUGAUAUAUACUUUGGUGCGCAUAAUAAGAGGUUUAACCUAGAACAUUGCUGGUAUCUGUUACGGUUUGAGCAGAAAUGGCUCAACCUUAACACUAUUAACACGCCCCCAUCUCAGCCUGCAACAAAGAGGAAACCAGCCACCGAAGGUUCACAAUCAUCAAGCUGCAAUGUUGAGGAGUGUGAGAUAAGGCCAGAAGGGAUCAAGGCUGCGAAGGCAAAGAGAAACAAUGCAUCGGCGUCUAACGUGAAGACUCUUGCUGAGUAUAAGAGCAUGUGGGAUGUCAAGAAAGAGGAAUUGGCUGAGAAGGAGAAACUACAAAAGCUGGCCAUCCUUGACACUCUUAGCCAAAAAGGAACCCUUGAAUGCGAGUGA